AUAUCGCAAUUUGUCAAUUGAUUUGGCUCGCCCCUUAAGUGAUCAUUAUUAGUCGUUUAAUUAAUUUUUUCACGUCUUAAUUACAUAUUUACAUUCUCUGAGCGUACUCUAAUGUGAAAUUAAUGGGUUUUUCGUCUAUUUUCGAAGGUGCGACUGUAGGAAUGACGUGAAAUGUAGAGAACUCUACGGAGGAAGUGUUGUUUAUCUUGUGUAAAUAAUGUUUUCCGAUGUAUAUUUAUCAAGGGAUAUUUGACUAUGUUAGAAUUUCGUAAAAUUUGAAACAAUGGCAUCGUCUUUCAACGCAGAUGCUGUCAGUACUUGCAGUGAAGCUAGUACUUUAGUUGAUGGGAGUGUUAUAUCAAAUGUACCUGAUAGACAUGGAUUUCUUGGAGGUACACAAUACUCCUCUGAACCUAGGCAAGGUCCACCACCAGAAACAGUAUUACGUCGGGAGAAAAAAUGGUUGAAAAUGUUGUCUUUAUGGAAUUUUUACAUGGAUAAAAACUAUGCUAAAGUAAGGGAGAGAUGUCGCAAAGGCAUUCCAAUGUCGAUAAGGCCUAGAGCUUGGCUGUAUUUAUGCGGUGGUCGUAUUCUGAUGGAAAAAUUUCCAAAUAAAUAUGAAGACUGCUUAAGGGACAAAGGUGAUCAAAAAUGUCUUGAUGAAAUCAGAAGAGAUCUUCAUCGACAGUUUCCCACUCAUGAAAUGUUCAGUUCUGAAGAAAAGCCUGGACAACAAGAACUCUUUCACGUUCUGAAAGCAUACACAGUUCAGAACCCCAAAAUGGGUUAUUGUCAGGCUCAGGCUCCGAUUGCAGCAUUCCUCCUAAUGCACAUGCCUGCUGAGCAAGCGUUCUGGUGUUUAGUGAGCAUAUCUGACAAAUAUUUAGAGAAUUAUUAUAGUCCUGCGAUGGAAGUCAUCCAGAGAGACGCUUUGAUUCUACAAGGUCUAUUGAAAAGAGUAUGUCGCCCCGCUUAUAAACACCUGAAAAAAGUAGGCGCCGAACCAAUGUUGUAUUGUACUGAAUGGUUUUUGUGUGUGUUCACGAGGACAUUACCUUGGGACACAUUGCUCAGGGUUUGGGAUGUUUUUCUAUGCGAAGGAGUUAAAAUUCUAUUUAAAACAGCUUUAGUUAUAAUAAUAGGAUGUUUGGGAACGACAAAGUCCAGAAAAAAUGCCGCUGGACUUUGCGAAACCCUAGACCUACUCAGAAAUCCUCCGGAGGAAAUACUACUGGAGGAAAACCUUAUAUAUAACAUUAACCAGUUGCCAUUGACGGAAAAAGACUUUGCGAGCGAACAUCAGGCCCAAACGUUGAAAAUGAAAGCGGACAAAAAUGGAAACGGGGCCGGUAAAAGAUAGCGAAUUCCUUGGUUCUUGAACUUGCUAGUUUGUGGUACGAACAGCCGUGUAGUUCCAAGGUCAGAUAUUUAAAUAUUUCAAUGUUCAAAAUGAAAAAGUAUUCAAUAAAAAGUGAUUAUCUGAUAAUGAAGUGCAACAAAUCAAAAAGAUACAUAUAGGACGCAAAUCAAAUAUAUUAUUAUUUAGAGUUCUGUUUAUAGACUGUAUUUUCAUUCCAUUUUAGAACUUUUUUAUCCUUUACAAGAACUGAAUUUGAAUGGGAUCAUUCAAAUUUUUCGGCCAUCAAAAUGUAUCAUUCCUAUUUUUAUAUUUGAUAUAAAUAACAAGGUAAUAGAUAUUGUUGUCAAUUUUUGACAUUGUAUAUUGGUUUUUUUUGAUUGCUUAUUUGUGGAGCUCAUAUUGGGGCUCCAGUUAAAAGGCAUCUAUUUUAUUGAUUUUGUCGAAAAUUUACGAUGAAAAAACCUUGUCAGUAUUCCGCUUCAUCACAAAUUAUUCAAUGACUGAAGAGAAAUUGCUUUAAGGAAAGUUCCGUCAUGUUUAUCAAUUACUUAAACUUCUGUAUUGAAUAAAAAUAUUCAGUUAAGAAAAAGCUUGUUUUGCUUUAUCUGAAAAAUGUUACUUUGUUAGGCAUACUAAUUUAUUAUUUGUUGUUUUUCUGACUAAUCUCUAGUUCAUUAUCAUUUAAUGAUACUGAUUAUAUUUAUCGGUGUUGUGCAAUUUUAUUCCCUAAUGAAAGAUAUUGGAUUUCUAAACUUUUAUGUGUUUUCGAACCAGAUAAGCAAUUUAAUGACAAGAAAUUAUGUUUUUGACCAUUUGAAUGAGCAUAUAAAAUAAUUCCUGUUCUUAGAUUGUUAAAAAUUAAUGCCAAUUUUAUAAUGUGAUAAUCUGGGAAUUGCCGGUGGUUAUUGACGUUACAGAAGAAAAAUUAUGUAAGGGGAAGUUAAAUUUAUAUGAUGUUUGUACUGAAUUUAUGUAGCACUUUGGAAUUUCUAGUCUGAGGUGCAGAAUGUUCGGUUUAGUUUAAGAAUUGAAGAGUAUUAUAUUUUGUAUAAUCAGUGAAUGUUGAAUAUUUUCAAUUUUGUAUUUAAUCAGUCAAUAAAGUAUCAAUUGUU